CUCACCCUGCCAAAGUGCAGAGCAUGGCUUGGCUGCGGACGGCUUUGCUGCGCAUUGCAGCCAUUGUGCUUGUUGUGGGGCAUGCUUCGCCGCUGCUCACUGGACUUAUCUUGCUAGCCCUUGGGCUCUGGGCUGUGAGAUUACAUCCGAGAAAAACCUUGGACAUGAGUUGGAUAGAUCUUCUGGUGUCUUUAAAGGCCUGCUUUAGUCGCAAAGAUCGACGCAGAGUGGAGAAGGAGCUGCAGGAGAUCUUAGGCGCAGAGGAGAUCGUCACCCUUUCAGUUCGCUCGGGUUUUGAUCUUCUGCUGUCAGCAGUAGCAUUGCCCAAGGGCUCGGAGGUGCUGUUUGUGCCUGGCAUUACAAUACCCUCCAUGGUGCAGCUGGUGGAAGCUCAUGGUCUACAACCUGUUGGAGUAGAUCCUGUGUCACCUCAGAAGAUGCUGCCUGCAACUCUGGAGCAGCUGGUGACGCCAAAAACCAAGAUGGUGGUCAUUUCCCACUUGUUCGGAAGCAUACACAGAGCUGACCACAUCAUUAAGGAGGCCAAGGAUUUGGGACUUCUUGUGGUAGAGGAUUGUGCUCAAGGUUUUUUGGGUGCCAUGCCGGCGAAUCGUCGGUCCAUGGCCUCUGCAUGGCCUACGGGCUUUCGUGGGUCCCAGGAUACCGAUGUUUCCUUCACAAGUUUUGGGAACAUCAAGACACUCACAGCCUUGGGUGGGGGCAUCGCCCGCGUCAAAGAUGCUUCGGUGCGAGCUCGCAUGCAGGAACUGCAGUCUGCUUGGCCAGUUCGCAGCACCUAUCAACGCCUUUGGACAGUGCUGAGAGCGUUUGCAUUCAAGGCAUGUUUGACACCAUGCCUUUACGGUUUGUUGGAGACCCUUUGCACGAAGGUCGGGUUCAGCUUUGACAAUCUCAUUGUAGCAGGUGUUCGUGGCUUUGCCAAGUUGGAAUAUGUUCGGCAGCAACCCUCCUUGCCAUUGCUGCAGACCCUGCUUUGGCGACUUCAGACACAACACAUGGCAUGCUUCGACGAUUCUUCCUUGCAGUCCUCCGUCGCCAAAAGGCGACGGUUGGCAAGAAUAAUAAUAGAACGCUUGUCUGAGGAGGGCAUUGAAUUCAUCACUCAAGGCGAUGGCACCAACGGGUGGUGGCUUCUCCCUAUGCUGUCCGAUCAGCCCACGCAGAUGGUCAAAGCACUGAUCACACAUGGCUUCGAUGCUACCUCCACCUCCACACAGCUACAGCAGGUGGCUUCUGCAGCCACUUGCAAGUCAGCUGCGCUGAGAGCUUCUGAUGGUAAGGACUUCAUGAACCGCAUUGUCUAUUUGCCUUUGAGCCCGGAUAUGGCAGUAGAUACGGCAUCGAAUAUGGCAGAAGCAGUUUUGCAGUGCGCAAAUGUUGAGAGAGGACGGCCAGGACGACGAGACCCAGGCUUUGGCUUGUUGUCCUGCAUCCUUGGAAGCGCAUUCCUCUUGAUGCCGAAUUUCAUAAGCAAUUUUCUUCCAUCUUCAUGGUUUCUUUUGACGGUUCUGCUGCUGGUCCUGUUGGCAACGUUCCUAUUCGCUAAAGUUGCGCAAUGGUUUGCAGCUGACUCAGACCUUCGGAUGAACCCACGACUUGUAAAGGCCUUGCGUGCACCGAGCAGAACAGAAGGAGUGAAUUUUUGCAACGAUCGCCCUCUGAAAAUGCGUAUUGAUGGAGCGGUGUUGCUGACCGGAGCCACCGGUUUUGUUGGUGGAGGAAUCCUAUUUUCACUGCUUGCAAGAGCCAGCGAGCUGGGGGUCACGAAGAUUGUGCUGAUGAUCCGUCAGCGUUCAGGCAAGACCUUGGAUGAACGCGUGGCAAAACUGAGAGAGAACCCAAUGUUUGAUGGGCUGCGUGAGACAUUUGACAAGCUCGUUGUUGGUCUUGAAGGAGAUGUGUCCCAGAGAAAUUUUGGAUGGAAGGAGAGUUCAACGAACUGGCCGCACCAAGAGACCUUGAAGGCUGUCCUGCAUUGUGCUGGAGAUGUCAGAUUCCAGCAACCAAUGCAACAAGCUGCAGUCUCCUUGGUCUCUGCUACCCUGCAGAUGCAAAAAUUGGCAAACAGCUGGAAAUCUAAACGCUUUCUAUUUGUGUCCACAGCUUUCGUCCACGCUGUGCCUCCAACAAGCACAGAAGCGCUGCAGGAGAAACUAGUAGAGUUGCGAGACUUUGAUGCUAUGGAACUUUAUCGUGAUGCGAUGUCGCAUGGGAGCUGGGCGAAAACAGCAAUGCGUGAACUGGGCUUUCCCAAUACCUAUACGUUUGCCAAAGCCAUCGCGGAGCAUUUGGUAAUCCGUGCCUGUGAGUCUGAUGGCUUGGACGCAAGAAUUGUACGACCUUCGAUCGUUGGCCCAGCUUGGGCCUUCCCGUAUGUUGGCUGGGCCGGAGACAAGCCAUCCACGAUCGUCGGAGCUGGGACACUCUUGGCCCGGCGCGGAGUGCGAGUUUUCCGUGAUGGCUUUGACCAUCCAUGCCCAGUGGUGCCUGUGGACAUUGUGGCAGAUGUGACAGUGAGAGCCUUGUGUGGAGCCUACAACAAUGACAGAGGGCAGAUCUUGCAUGCCUGCCUAGAUGCAUCGGAAGCUGACAGAAUGCCAUCCUUCAAGUUCUUCACACGCCAUUUCUACCAACUUUUGGCACUCAAAGGCACUCUGCCCUUGUUCGAGCUGGGCUUCAUGACAAAACUGCUGAGAUGGUGCAACAAUGCAACAAUAUUUUGCUAUGCACACGCAGUUCUAAAUGUCCUUCCCAUGCAGAUUCUUGAUCUUGUGCGAAUGUGCUUGGGAAGAAUUUUCUCUAUUUUCGGCAUGCGGUUGAGCAAGCAAUUUUCCACCACAGUACGCAUUUUAGCGUCUUGCUCCACCCUGCCAAUGCAGUAUCAUCCAUUCUCAAGUCCUUCUACACCUUGGCGCUUCAGAUCGACAGUGAAGUUGCCUGAAGACUGGGACUUGUUCGAGUAUUUGCUCAUUUGUUGCAGGGCUGGCUAUGCCUUUGCAAUCGAUCCCUUGAAAGGGCCUUCGCGGAACUAUCCAAGGGAAUUCUGUGAUAUGCAAAUUUUCUCCCACGAGACUGCAGUGUCUGAUGCCCUCUCUGCUUUUGCACACCCGCAAGCAUCCUUCUUUUACUCGGUGGCAGCCUUCGUAGUUCGCUUGGGUCUGAGCUGGAUGAGCCUUUCUGUGACGGUUGAUGGUGCAUCUUUGCUGUCUAUCACCAGUCUAGAUGCUCCAUUGGUGCUGUGCCCACAACAUCGGUCAGUCUUGGAUUUUGUCAUCAUUGGCCUCAUGUGUUUUCAGCUUCAACCGAUUUUGCCCUUGCAGCUGCCACAGGUAGCGGCAGAUGCAGAGUUCUCCAACUUGCCAUUCCUUGGAUGGGCAUUGAGCGGUUUAGGUGCAUUCUUUGUCCGACGUGGAGGAGGUGCGGUGCAGCCGGACCCAGCGCUGCGGGCGAAAGUGGGUCGCGUUUUUCAAAGCGGCCGCCCCUUGGAGGUCUUCCUGGAAGGACUGCGCAGCCGUGGCCGGCGACAGCUGCGCCUUCGCACCGGGCUGUUGAAAGCUCUUCGAGACAUAGCGCAGCGCACUGUGGCGCUGGUGCCCUUGGCAAUGUCCUAUGAGCUGCUCCCUGAUGACGAAAGUUUGUUCAGAGAGAUGUGCGGACUUCCGCGAGAUCCGCUCCGCACGUCUGACUUGUUCUUCUGGGUCUUGCGGGGCAUCCGUGGUGAGCUUCCACCAAUUGGAGAGGCCUUCAUGAGGUUUGGACACGCUCAAAUUCUGGAGAGCUCGAGCGAUUUGGACUCCGUGGUCUCCGCGGUGCAGAGGGAGUUGGUGUCCAACAACUCGCUGACCACACUACAUUGCCAAGCCUUGCAAGAGGUCCUUCAGAAGCCGGACCUGGACAAGGUGAUCAAGUCAAUGUCUGAUGAGCUGGAAAUCAGGAGCUCAUGCUGCACCCCAUUGGUGCUUCGCGACUGCGAGCGCUGGCCACUACUGAUCCAAGCUGCCACCAUGGCGCCGUUGCGUCGCCGUUUGCCACGACCAUGGGCGAAAUGGUUUGUGGAAGGGCAGGAGGAGUCGCUGGAGCCAGGCGAUGCUCGGGACGCGGAUGCAAAUGGAGUUACUAAGAACGACUCGAACGACCAGCAUCUGCUUGAAGGUGAGCUCGAAUCCUUGGCGAGCAAUCUGCGUGCUCACCUUGCUGCAGCUGAGCAGGGAGCCGAGAAGUGCCUCGCUGCCUUGCGCGCUAGCGGUGUCAUUGAGGUCACCGAAGAGCAUCUUGUGCAGGAGCUGCUGGCCACAAGUUCGUUGCCUGCGCCGCUCGCGCGAGGUGCUGCUUCAAUUGUGAUCAAGGCACCGUUUGGAGCCUUUGGCGGCGUGACGAAAGGCAAGCCACGGGCUUCUCCCGGCUCAGUGACCUUGUUGUGGCCUACAUCAGAAACUGAGCUGAAGGACGAAGAGUCCUUGGACCGCUGGGGCUUUAAGGACACAAAAUUCAUUGCUCAGUAUGUCGAUGGACGGCCGGCUGCGCAGAUCACUUCUCAACGGUACAAAGCGUUGGGUAGACAGCCGCUAUUUCGUCUGUGGGAGCUCUUCCAGAGACAGCUCAGCGUGCCACUGAACGUUCGAGACAUGCUGCCAGAGCGAGCCAUCCCGGACCUGCCAGCCCCUGCGCAUGGCUUGGAAGAAGUCUUGAGCACCGCAGUACCAGGACGCGUUCUGCUGGACUCCGAGUCGCGCCUGCGUGCGGGCACUGGACAUGGCUUGGCGGAUAUUUGGCGACUGCGCACUCGUCAGUUGGAGCGCUUUCCAGAUGCCGUGGUUCGACCGGAGACGGAAGAAGAAGUCCAGGCGUUGUUAAAUGCAGCUAUGUCAUACAACCACGGCCUGGGAUUUGGCAUCAUUCCAGUUGGUGGAAGGACCAAUGUCACAUCUGCCACCAAGUGCCCAUCUCAGGAAGUGGAUUCCAGACCGAUGGUCUCCCUGGACAUGCGCGGCCUUAGCAAGGUGCUGUGGGUGAAUGCAGAAGAUGGAGUUGCCAUGAUUGAGGCCGGCAUCACUGGCAUGGAUCUCAAGAGAUCGUUGAAGCAGCAUGGCGUCACAAUGGGAAUGGAGCCGGACUCCAUGGAGCUCUCCACUUUGGGCGGCUGGAUUGCAACGAGGGCCAGUGGCAUGAAGCGAGCGCGCUACGGAAACAUCGAAGAUAUGGUCCUGGAGGUGCGCCUCAUCACUCCGGGCGGUGCUGUUUGGCAGCGCCAUGGUGACCCCAAGGCUCAGGCUGAAACGGCAAUUGGUCGAGCCUCUACAAACAUCGGUCUUCCAGCAAUGGUACUGGGGAGUGAAGGUUGUCUGGGAAUCAUCACUUCAGCCAUUGUGAGGGUGCGCCCAUUGCCACAGGUGGUGGAGUAUCAAAGUGUCGUCUUCCCAGACUGGGACCGCGGUGCCAGCUGGAUGAGAGAAGUGGCACGGAUGCCGGCAGGUUUGCGGCCAGCCUCCUGCAGGCUGAUGGAUCAGAAUCAGCUUCAGCUGGCACAAGCUUUGAAGGAAGGCUCUGAACAAAGCGGCACUUGGCACAGUCUUCGGGCAAGCUUGCGAGACGCCUUCCUCGCUUGCAAAGGUGUUUCUUUGCAAGAAGCUGCUGCAGUUACGCUCGUCUUCGAAGGCAAUCGAGCAGAAGUGAACCUGCAGAAAAAGGAGAUCUCCAAGCUGGUAGCAGUGGCUGGAGGUAUUUGGGGCGGUGCAGCGGGAGGCGCCGCAGGCUACACGCUGACCUUCGCAAUUGCCUACCUACGAGACUUCGGCCUGGACUAUCGCAUCCUCUCUGAAUCCCUAGAGACUAUGGUUCCAUGGUCUACUAUCCGGGAAGUCUGGCCAGCUGUGAAGCUGGCCGUGCAGAGUAAGCACAGACAGCUUCGCCUACCAGGAAAGCCCUUCAUGUCGUGCAGAAUGACUCAGCUGUACGACGAGGGAGGUGUGCUGUACAUGUACAUUGCUAUUUGCACUACAGGCUUGGAGCCGAAAACAGCUCUAAAGGCCUUUGAGAAUUUGGAGCAUGCCGCGCGGUGUGCCAUACUCAAUGCAGGUGGUUGCCUGAGCCAUCAUCAUGGAGUGGGGAAGUUGAGGGCAUCACUGUUGCCCGAAACACAAUCUCCUGUCCUGACGCAAGCGCUGAGAAAUUUUAAGAUGGCUUUAGAUCCUUCCAAUAUCCUGGCCGCCAGAAACGGCACCUGGUCCACCUCUGCUCUAGCUGAAGACUCAGAAGAUGCAGAAGCGGAAGAAAACCCACGGUGAAAAAUCUCAGUCUCACGAUAUCUCACGAUGGAGCAAUAGGGGCCUGACUUACAGUGUUGCAGUGACCAACUGUUCUUU